AUGCUACGAACCUUUCUCUCUGUCGUUUUCUUCCUUCUCUUCCUCUCUCUACCUCUCUGCUCAUUCUCUAAACCAUCACACUCACAUAACGUCUUCAACUCAUUCCUCAAAUGCUUCUCCAAGAAAACAAAAACCCCACAACCCCAAAUCGCCAAGAACGUCUUCUCUCCGACCAACCCUUCUUACUCCGCAGUCCUCCGUGCUUACAUCCGAAACGCAAGAUUCAACACUUCAUCCACUCCCAAACCAACCAUCAUCGUCACUCCUCGCUCAUAUAGCCACGUCAGCGCCGCCGUCCUCUGCUCAAAACCUCUAAACUUCGUAUUCAAGAUCAGAAGCGGGGGCCACGACUACGAUGGUCUCUCUUACAUCUCCGACAAACCCUUUUUCAUCCUCGACAUGUCGAACAUUCGCGACGUCUCCGUCGACAUCGCUGAUCAAACGGCGUGGAUCUCCGCCGGAGCCACUCUCGGCGAGGUUUAUUAUAGUAUCUGGGAGAAAAGCAAGGUCCAUGGUUUCCCCGCCGGAGUUUGUCCGACGGUUGGUGUCGGUGGUCACUUGAGCGGCGGUGGGUACGGUAACAUGGUGAGGAAGUUCGGUUUAUCAGUCGAUCACGUGAUAGACGCGAAGAUCGUCAACGUGAAGGGUCGUGUUUUAGACAGGAAAGCGAUGGGUGAGGAUCUUUUUUGGGCUAUCUCCGGCGGAGGAGGAGGCAGUUUCGGCGUCGUUUUGGGUUACAAGGUCAAGCUCCUUCCAGUGCCACCGGUGGUGACGGUGUUUCGAGUGGAGAAGUAUAUGGACUCCGGGGCGGUGGACAUGGUUCACAAGUGGCAGUCCGUUGGUCCGAAAACCGACAGGAACCUCUUCAUGAGAAUGCUGAUUAGACCGGUUACGAGGAAUAAGGUGAACACGGUUAGAGCUACAGUGGUUGCUCUGUUCUUAGGUAAAGCAGACGACGUCAUUUCGCUGCUUAGUAAGGAGCUUCCUGAGUUGGCGUUACAGAAGGAGAACUGUACGGAGAUGACUUGGUUUCAGUCUGCGUUAUGGUGGGACAAUCGCGUUAACGCUACUCAGACUGAUCCUAAAGUGUUUCUUGAUCGGAAUCUUGAUUCCUCUAGCUUCGGGAAGAGGAAGUCUGAUUACGUGGCCACCGAGAUUCCUAGAGAUGGGAUUGAGUCUCUGUUCAAGAAGAUGAUUGAGUUAGGGAAGAUAGGGCUUGUUUUCAAUCCUUACGGUGGGAGAAUGGCGGAGAUUGCGGAGAACGCAACGCCAUUUCCGCACCGGAAUAAGCUGUUCAAGAUUCAGUACUCUGUUAACUGGAAAGAGUCAUCUCCAGAGAUAGAGAAAGGUUUCUUGAAUGAGGCUAAAGAGCUUCACAGUUUCAUGACCAAGUUUGUGAGCAAAAGCCCUAGAAGUGCUUACUUGAACUACCGAGAUGUCGAUAUUGGGGUGAAUGAUCACGGGAAGAAUAGUUAUAAACAAGGAGAGGUGUAUGGAAGGAUGUAUUUUGGAAAGAACUUUGAUCGAUUGGUGAAGAUUAAAACCGCAGUUGAUCCUGGGAACUUCUUUAGGAAUGAACAGAGUAUACCUACCUUGCGACGUAAGGCAUAAGAGAUGUUGUUUAUCAUUUGAUAUAAGGAUUGGUUUUAAUGUAAUGACUUGGUAAAGCAGUAUAAAGUGUAUUAGGUAGAGAUCCGCGCGGGAUGAGAGUAUGGAAAAAUAACUAAAUUUUCUUUACAUUUUUGUUCAUGAUUUCCACAUCCUUCUAUAUGUUUAAAAUGAGCAAACAAUGCUCUGUUUAGUGAGCUGCAAAAUGAAGUGCGACACGUGCUGCCUUAUUCAGGAGUGAAUUCUACAUCUUGUAUAUGAACUUCAUUGUUCUCAGCACCCAGACGUAGACUUGCCCAUCGCCUUCGGAGUUCAACAGCUGCUUCACAUCAUCACUGAAUGGC